GCUCAGUCAGUGCCGGUAGAGGCAGCGGUAUGGCUGGUGUUUUGUGUACAGAUAGUGCGGUCACCUGGCAAAGCUCCCCGCCCCGGGGCAGGGGGAGUGAGCGGCCCAGCCUCCACACCCAGCGCUGACAGGGAUUCCCAUACAGCGGGCUCCCCCCGCCCGCACUUCCCUCGCUCCUCCCCUCCGAUAAACUCUCUGACAAACAGCCCGGGAAGUGGCAGCGAGAGUCAGGACGUAGCGGAGCGCCAGGGACUCGCUGCUCUCCGGGAAAACUUUGUGCGCUCACCUGAGGCGGCCGGGACUGCACGCUCUCCGCCGGCUCCUGCGGUCAUGCCGGUCGGCAGUCUGCUGCCUUUCGUGGUGUCCCCGCUGGGGUCGGGGAGCGGAGCUGGGGGCGGGUCGGGCGGAUUGGCCCCCGGAGGCGGAGUGUCCGGGCUGCUGGGCCCCGCGGGGAGGAAGCUCUCCGGGUUCCGGCUGACGGAGAAGUUCGUUCUGCUGUUGGUGUUCAGCGGCUUUAUCACCUUGUGCUUCGGGGCCAUCUUCUUCCUGCCCGACUCCCCCAAGCUGCUGAGCGGCGUGUUCUUCCAGCAGCCCCCGCAGCCUCCUCCGCAGCGCACCUCAGCCGGGACCGGACUGCAGGAUGAGGAGGACGGGGGGCGACUUGCCCGGAUCCGGGAGGAACAUGAGAGGGCGCUGCGGGAAGCCAAGGACACGCUCAACCGGCCGCCCGAUCAGAUCAUGCGGGAGAUCCAGGAGGAGAAGGACCGAAUGUGGGAGCAUGGCAGGGGCACUGCCGCGGGGGGAAGGUUAAUCCCCCGGCCCUUCAGAGAACCCAUCGGAGUGGUGGGGAAGGAGCCCGCGGACCCCGAUGUCAAGGAGAAGCGGGACAAGGUUAAGGAGAUGAUGAAAUUUGCCUGGGAUAAUUAUAAGCGAUAUGCAUGGGGAUUAAAUGAACUGAAACCUCUGCAAAAACAAGGACAUUCAAGUAAUUUAUUUGGUAACAUCCAAGGAGCAACAAUUGUAGAUUCUCUUGAUACUUUGUACAUCAUGGGAAUGAAGGAUGAAUUCCAGGAUGCUAAAGAUUGGGUGGAGAAGAAUCUAGAAUUCAAUGUGAAUGCUGAGGUGUCAGUCUUUGAAGUAAACAUUCGUUUUGUUGGUGGCCUUUUGUCUGCUUAUUACCUUUCUGGAGAAGAGAUAUUUAGAAGAAAAGCGGUAGAACUUGGAGAGAAACUACUGCCUGCUUUCAAUACACCAACUGGAAUUCCUUGGGCCCUGUUAAACAUGAAGAGUGGUAUUGGUCGAAAUUGGCCUUGGGCAUCUGGAGGCAGCAGUAUCUUGGCGGAGUUUGGAACCCUACACUUGGAGUUUAUUCAUUUAAGUGAAGUAUCUGGGAAUCCUGUUUUUGCUGAAAAGGUAAUGAAUAUUCGUAAAGUGUUAAGUCGAUUGGAUAAACCACAAGGGCUUUAUCCAAACUACCUGAAUCCCAGCAGUGGCCAAUGGGGACAACACCAUGUAUCUGUAGGUGGCCUUGGAGAUAGUUUCUAUGAGUAUUUACUAAAGGCAUGGCUGAUGUCAGACAAGACUGAUGAAGAUGCCAAGAAGUUAUAUUACGAUGCUGUUCAGGCCAUUGAGACUCAUUUAAUCCGUAAGUCAAGCAGUGGCUUAACAUAUAUUGCUGAAUGGAAAGGAGGUCUUUUGGAGCAUAAAAUGGGACAUUUAACGUGUUUUGCUGGUGGCAUGUUUGCCCUUGGAGCAGAUGGAGCACCAAGUGAUAAAACAGGGCACCAUAUUGAACUGGCUGCAGAGAUUGCAAGGACAUGCCAUGAAUCCUAUGAUAGAACAACAAUGAAGCUGGGACCCGAAGCAUUUAGGUUUGAUGGAGGCGUAGAAGCUAUUGCUACAAGACAGAAUGAAAAAUACUACAUUCUACGACCUGAGGUGAUAGAAACCUAUAUGUACAUGUGGAGAUUUACACAUGACCCAAAAUACAGACAGUGGGGUUGGGAAGCUAUUCAGGCUUUGGAAAAGUACUGCAGAGUGGAAGGCGGCUAUUCUGGCAUCAAGGAUGUUUAUGCUACCCAUCCCGGUCAUGAUGAUGUGCAGCAAAGUUUUUACCUUGCGGAGACACUCAAGUAUCUCUACUUAUUGUUUUCCGAUGAUGAUCUCCUUCCGUUAGAACACUGGAUUUUCAAUACUGAGGCACAUCCCCUCCCAAUUAUCCAGAAGGCUGACAGAACGAUAAAAAGCAUAGAGAAAUAAGAGCGACAUUUAUACUAUGCUUUUUAUACCAGAAAUUCACUGCAUUCCUGCUACAGUCCGAUCUUGAUUUUCUCUCUCAGAUUCCGGACAGAGCAUCCGUCUUCAAGUCUGUCAUGUGAACCAACGUUUUGCAGUCUAUCAUGUUUACGUUAAGAUUCCUGCGUGAUCCUAGAGCCAUUCCUUUGUGAUCUAACCAAUGACUGUGAAUUUAAAGCACCUUUCUUCUUGGACAUUCCAUUUAGAGUUAGACAACCAUCCUUGACCAUAUAGAAUAGAACAGUCUGCACUUUUUGUUACUUACGCCUCUUUCCUUUCGUUCGACUGCAAAGAUCCUUCCUCCUCUGUGAGGAGAUUGUCUGCUUUAAGCUGUAAUAUUUUGCCAUGUUGCAAAAAGCCAUAAUAAUUAGUAUAAAGAACGACUUCUUUUCCUUUCCAGUUAUAUGUGAAUCUGAUUUGUCUGAAGCUCACGGAAGGCAAAUUGUGUAACUGUGACAUCUUCCUCUUAUGCGGGUUUUGGUAAAAUGUUCCAAACUUACAUUUCUAAGAAAAGUGCUCUAGAAAUGACUUUAUUCCAUGCAGACAUAACCCUAUUUUUUCUGUGUUAAAUUAAUAGCCAUCUAAUCUGUUCAAUGAAACUGUUCUUAAAAUAUUUUGAUUAUAAAACUAGAUUUAUCUAAAUAUAUAUAUAUAUAUCUAUAAAUAUCUGAUCUAUAGACAAUCCAGGUGUGGCAAAAUAAAAUUUUCUGAUUAUUUUCCUAGG